CAAUUGAUUGAAAACAAAAAACAAUAAAACACCUCAUUGCUUUGCUUAGAAAUAAGAAGAAAUGUUUUUGUUUUUUUAAUUAUUAAUAACUAAUUAAAUAAGUAAUUGAUAAAGUGUGCAAUUAUAGAUUUUAAAUGUGCAAUUAAUGUCCAAAUAAUUUAUUCAUUUUUUAAUGUCCAAUAAUUUAUUAAUUUUUUUCUGCUGUUAAGGUUCCUUGCCAGCGUUCCUUUGGUUUGAUACAGUUAUAUAAGUAUAUAUAGUAAUGUCGAUAGGUGGGGUUUAACAAUCAAUGCAUGAUUUACUGAUAGAAUCAACGCUCUCUUUACGUACAUAAGGUUAAUGUGUAAAUAUAUAUUAAUGUUUAAUUAUUUAUGAUAAUCAAGAAAAAUUCUUAAAAAUGGAAAAUGACGAAGUUCUGAAUAUUUGCGUACCAGGACAAAGAUUGUGUGCUUCCAGUGAAACUAUUGUAUCAGGAGCUGGAACAUAUGAAGAACAAGGUUAUAUUUAUUCUACAUUAGCUGGUAUUUUUGAAACUACUACGAAAGAUAAUAUAAUUACUAUCAAGGUGAAUGCUAUUACUGAUCAAAGUAUAGUACCAGCACCAGGUGAUAUUGUUACUGCAAUGGUUACCGUUGUUAAUCAAAGAUUUUGCAAAUGUAAUAUUAAAUGUAUAGGCGACGUAGUCUUAACAAGACGAUACAAAGGAAUUUUAAGAAAAGAGGAUGUACGUGCUAUUGACAGAGAUAGAGUGGAAAUGUAUAAAUCUUACAGACCUGGAGAUAUAAUUCUUGCAAGAGUUUUACCAAUGACAGAAGCACAUACUUAUCAUCUAAGUACAGCUGAGAAUGAAUUAGGAGUAGUAAUAGCUCAUAGCGAAGAAGGUGUUGCAAUGAUACCGAUAAGUUGGACUCAAAUGCAAUGUCCAAAGACAUUAUGCAAAGAAUUUAGAAAAGUUGCUAAAGUUGUACCCGAACAUGUUAUUACUGAACGAUAAAAUAAACUUUAUUAAUCAUCUAAGUUUAAAACAUUUUUGUUUAUAUUCUAUUCUUAAUAAAUAAUAAUAAAUAGACAAAAAAUUAUAAAAACUGUUGGAUAAAGUUUACAAAUGCAAAUUUUUCAAAUUAAUAAAAUUUAAUUUUAAAAAGUUGG